GUUGGAACAAGGAAAUCCUAAAAGGUGAGUUUUCUAAGUUAUUGUGUGCGGAGAGUUGAAUGUUUUGGUUGGAUCGCGUUGUUCUCGGUUUGUGUGUGUGAUCGAUAUCCCUUUGGAUCUCUUGAGAAUCUAUGGUGGUGUGAGAGAUCUAAGGUGGGGAUGGUGACGGUGAAUCUGGGUAUGCUUCAUUAUGUGUUGGACCAUAUAUACGGAGCAUUCAUGCACAGAACUAAGAUGAGCACGCCGUUCUUCUCGCGAGGGUGGGGUGGGACGAAACUGGAGAUGCUGGAGAGGAUGAUAAAGCAAUUGUUCCCGGAAGUGCAAGUGGCGGGGCAGAAUUGGCCUCCCACUAUGAUUGAACCGGUUUGGAGAACCCUUUGGGAGACCAAGACGGCUACUUUGAGAGAAGGGGUAUUCAGAACCCCUUGUGAGGACCAACUGCUUGCUGCAUUGCCCCCUGAGAGCCACACUGCAAGGGUUGCAUUCCUCAUCCCCAAGCCUCUCCCCCCUCACAAAAUGGCCUGCGUCCUUCAUCUUGCUGGAACCGGAGACCACUCAUUUGAGAGAAGAUUGCGCCUUGGUGGACCUCUCGUCAAGCAAAACAUUGCAACCAUGGUACUUGAGAGUCCAUUUUAUGGACAAAGACGGCCUAUGCUGCAGCGUGGUGCAAAACUUUUGUGUGUUAGUGACUUGCUUUUAUUAGGAAAAGCAACCAUUGAAGAGGCACGCAGUCUCUUACACUGGUUGGACUCUCAGGCAGGUUUUGGCAAGAUGGGUGUUUGUGGACUUAGUAUGGGAGGAGUGCAUGCUGCUAUGGUUGGAUCACUUCACCCUACACCUGUUGCAACACUCCCUUUUCUAUCUCCACAUUCUGCCGUUGUCGCAUUCUGUGAGGGGAUUUUGCAGCAUGGCACUGCCUGGGAAGCGCUCAGGGAGGAUCUUGCUGCCCAGAAGGUUGCAAUGACUCUCGAGGAGGUUAGAGAACGAAUGAGAAAUGUUCUGUCUCUCACAGAUGUCACACGCUUUCCAAUUCCCAAAAACCCCAAUGCUGUAAUCUUUGUUGCUGCCACUCAAUCUGAAAACACAAACUUUUCUGCCUUAUUUUCUUCCUGUUCCUAAAUCUGGCUAUUGCUGUGACAAUCAAAAUCAAGCUAAAAGUUUAUCAAACCUGAGAGAAUAUCAGUUAGGUGCACUGGUACAUAUGAAGUGCAUUUGAUACAUAUUAAGGUACAAGACAAGGUAACAGUAAAUGCACCAUAGAAGGAAGGGAAUAAUCUGUAUAUUAUUCACUCUUAUCAAAUGAUACAAACGAAAGGGUCUAUAUAGCCAACGUUUGAAGCAAGGCGACAAAAGAGAGGAAUGAAAAACGUGCAGCACUAGAAACAGAAAAGGAAAAAUAGAAUCUAGUUUGUUACACGAGAGAGAAAGAAAAUAUCCACUAUUGAGCAUGACUCCGUUGAGCAUGACUGCAUCAUGCAUGCAAUCACUCAUCACCAUCAUUUAUGCUCUACGAUAAUACCCCCUCUCAAGCUGGUGGGCGAAAAAUAUCAAGCACACCAAGCUUGGUUAGGAAGUCAUGGAAGAGCUUUGGAAACAAGGCUUUAGUGAAGAAAUCAGCCAGCUGAGCUUUGGAAGGUAUGGGAAGAAGAUGCAUGAGUCCAGCUUGCAGCUUUUCUCUGACCAAGUGACAAUCCAUUUCCAAAUACUUUGUGCGUUCAUGAAACACAGGAUUGUGUGCUAUGUCUAAAGCACUUUGGUUGUCACAGAACAACAAAUGAGAUUUUGGCAAGCAAACUCUGAGAUCUUGCAGCAAGAAAUGAAUCCAUUGAAGUUCACAAGUGGCAACACCAAGGGCUCUGUACUCUACCUCAGCAGAAGACCCGACAACUGUGGGUUGUUUCUUGGAUCUCCAGCUAAUUAGAGCAUCUCCAACAAAGAAACAAUACCCUGUAAUUGAUCUACGAGUAUCCAAACAUCCGCCCCAAUUUGCAUCACAGAAGCCCUUCACUUGAAGUUGAGAAUUUCUAGGAAAGAAUAACCCAAGACCAGGGGAUCCUUUUAAGUAUCUCAGUAUCCUAGUGGUAGCUUUAUAAUGAGCCUGAGUUGGGGAAUUCAUGAACUGGCUGACUUGCUGAGUAGCAAAGGUGAUGUCUGGUCGUGUUGCUGUUAAAUAGAGCAAUCUCCCUACAAGUCUGCGAUAGGAAGGAGCAUCUGUAUAAGGGGGGCUUGUAUCUUGUUGAAGAUGAAUGGCUGGGUCUAAUGGUGUGGAGGCUGGUUUACUGCCUAAGAGAGCUGUAUCUGUGAGAAGCUCCAAACAGUAUUUCCUUUGGCACAAAGAAAUUCCAACUGAUGAAUGAGCAAUUUCUAAGCCGAGAAAAUACUUCAAGGGACCAAGAUCUUUUAUGCCAAAAGCUGCAUGUAGAAUCCCUUUAACAAAGUCAAACUCAGUUAAGAAGAUGUAUUAUGUUUUAAGAAAAGAGAAUGGUCUACAACAGAGUGAGAAUAGCCCAGAUUCGGUAGAAAAGUUGAUAGCUUCUCAAACCAUUGUCUGCUAGCUUGUUUGAGCCCAUAUAGAGACUUGGUGAGUUUGCAAACUUGAUUUGGACUUGUAACAGUCAUGCCUUAUGGAACAAUCAUGUAGAUACCUUCCUUCAAAUCCCCAUGGAGGAAAGCAUUAUUCACAUCAAGUUGGUGAAGAUGCCAUCCUUUAAUAGCAGCUAAGGCAAGAAUGACUCUAAUGGUGGUUAGCUUGGCAACUAGAGAAAAGGUGUCCAAAUAGUCUAACCCUUCAAUUUGAGUAUAUCCCUUUGCUACCAACCGAGCUUUGAACCUUUCUAUGGUGCCAUCAGAUUUUCUCUUUACCUUGUAAACCCAUUUAUUACCUAUGGGAAUCACUCCCGGAGGGAGUUCAACAAUCUUCCAUGUUCCAUUGAGUUCAAGAGCUGAGAUUUCAGCUUCCAUGGCCUUUUCCAGUGAUCAAACUUGCUAGCUUCAGAAAAGGAUUUAGGUUCUGGGACGUCUGACAAACAAGCACUAUAGACAGCAUGUGAAGGUGACAAGGCAUGGAAAGAAACAUAAGACUCUAUUGGAUAAGGAAUACCUGAAUGAUGAUGCUGGGAAGAGAUGGAUGUAUUACAGUGAUAGUCUUGUAAAUAUGUGGGCCUUGUUUUAUCUCUGAGGGAUCUCCUGCAGAUUGUAGUAGGCUGUUCUUGGUUUGUUGGUGAUGGGGAAGAAGCUGUGGGAGAAAGAAGAGUAGGAGAUACCUAAGUAUGUGAAGAUGAAAUUUCUGUGUUAGUUUCCCCUGGCUGAAUAGGAUCUGAAUUGGUGAAAGAGGUGGGUGAAAAUGGUAUGGAGAUGCAUUGUGGUGCAGAAAAAUCUCCUGGUUGUGCAACAUUUAAGACAUAAGAAAAAAUGAGUUCUUCAAACUGCACAUUUCUAGAAACAUGUAUCAGCUUUGUAUUUAGAUCAUAAACCAUGUAACCUUUCGUUCCUGGUUUAUAUCCAAUAAAAAAUCAUUUGUGA